AUCCAUGAAUAAUGAUGAGAAUUUUUAACCUAUAUCAUGUGAAGAACUCAUUCUCAUAUGGCAAGGAGAGGCCAAAAUGCACGUUUCCAUGCAAGAAUUUCCUUUUGAUAAGUUGUUUUCAUAUACUAACCAAAACGAAAAUAACAAAAAACAACCGUAUUUCUAGUACAAUCAUAAUAUUAUUAUUAUUAUUAUUAUUAUUAUUAUUAUUAUUAUUAUUAUUAUUAUUUCCAUACAAAUAUUAGUUGGGCUUUAUAUAGUUGCACAUCGCACCAAAAGCUUCACAUGCUAGCCAAGCUUUGCUGUCCCGUUGGAAAAGAGCUUUGCUGUUGCAUUUUGCCAGCCUACGUUACGUCACACCCAAAUCCCAGGAACUCACUUCCUUUCGUUCGCUUUGUCCUUUUUGAGUUUACUCUCGCCACAGGGUAAGGUUUUUUGGUUACUGGUUAAAACAGGGGGAAAAACAUAUAUACAUGUAUGUAUAAUUGGAGCACUUCUACUAUGCUAUAUAGUAUUAGUGCUUUAAUGUAUAACUCAAAAUUGUACCAUAACAUUAAAUGUAUAAGUUUAGGUUGUACCAUAAAACAAUUUGUACCAUUAUGUUAUGGUACAACUUUACAACUUGAAGUUGUACCAUCACAUAAAGGUACAAGUUCAUGUUGUACGAUAAAAGAAUUUGUACAAAAAGUAUAGGUACAAUCUGAAGUUGUACCAUAACGUAAAUGUACAAUUUUAAGUUGUACCAUAAGGCAAAAAUCUAUAGCAGCAAUACUAUAUAGCAUUGUAAAAUUUCUCAUAUAAUUGUUGUUUUUUUUUAUACCCAAAUCGCAUCUGCACCCAAUUUAUAUUCAAAGUAGGGUGUCGUUAAACCAACACUAAUACAUCGGAUUCAUCAAAAUUUCGAAUGUAAACGUAUUUGGAACAAAGUAUUACUAAAAUGAGUGACCUCUUGGAAAGUCCUUGUAGUGCAACCUUAUAAGAAUUUUUUAUUAAAGUAUGUAAGAGUUAUAUAGUAAUAUCUAUCUAUCAAUCAAUUAAAAGAACUAGUUAGACCUUAUUAAGUUCCAUUUUUUGGACUAAGUGAUUGAGUCCCCUCUUCUUGGACUACGUGGCCGGCCACCCUCAUGGCCCCCAUGGCCUCGAUAGCCUACGCCUCAUCUCCCUUGCAACAAGCUAGUUGGUAUGAAAUGUUACUCUCAAACCAACAGACUUGGUAACAUGGUAGGAAAGGCUUGGUAGCCAAGCAACAUGGUACAAAACCGAUAAGACAUGUUUGGUAGUAAGAUUGAGUUUGCUAAGUCCGGAUACCAAGUCGGCAAGACAAACUUGGUGGUCAGGGAACAGGGUACCAAGCUAACAAGAUGGGUUUGGUGGUACCAACUUGAUAAGGCUAAAAAAACUAAACAUGGAGACCAAGUUGAUAAGACAGGAUUGGUAGCAAGGUUACAAGGUAUAGAGCCGACAAAAUGGGCUUUGUAUCAAGUUACCAAAUCUCUCAAAAACUAAGUAUGAAAAAAUGGAAGAGGGUGCCAAGCCGAUGAGACGGGAUUGGUGGCAACCGGGUACCAAGUUGGUAGGGCAACAACCUACCAACUUUAUGAGACUUCAAAAAACUAAGUAUAAAGAUCAAAAUGGCAGGGUACCAACCCAAUGAAGAGGUGUCCAGUAGGCAGUGAAGGUGCCAACUUGACGAGCUCCAAAAAACAAAAAUUUGGAGACCACCUGAGGUAGCCACCCGGGUACCCAGCCAAUGAAAACCGGUAAGACAGUUUUGUUGGCAACCUCUUACAGGGCACCAAAUUGGCAGAACAAUAAGGCUUGGAAAGGCUGCAUACAUCAAACUAGAAGGAAUAAAGGACUUGAUGGCAAUGAGGCAUAGUCUCAAGCUGGCAAGGCGACAAGGUCCAACUAGGAUAUCAACCAAAAACUAAGUAUGAAGACCAAGCCGGAAAGACGGUCUUGGUGGCGAGCUGACAGGGUACCAAAUUGUCAUUAAAAAUCUCUAGAUUCCCAAGACUAAGUAAAAAAUCUCAGGUUGGGGGUUGGUCGACCAAGGUAGCAAGCCAAUGAGGUUAAGCAAACGAGAUGGACUUGCUAAUGAGCUUAUAAAACGACCUUGGUUUUGAGAUGAAAAGUUGGCACCAAGACAAGCUUCCCAAGACCAAGCAUCGGGUCGUGGUUGGGAGAGGGUUUAAGUUCUCAUCCUCGCAAGGUGGCUGACAAGGCCUAGCUAUCAAGAUGGUUCGUUAAGAUAGCUAGCAAAACUAAGAUAACAAGCCAUAGCAAGGUGAGGAUUGUACCAGAUCGCCAUGGAGAGGACUCUCUCAUAUAAUCAAAGUAGUAACUCAAGACAACAAGAGCAAUAUGAGAGCAAUAAAAGCUAAGUGUGAAUAUAUCAGAGUUGUCAAGGGUGUGAUUGAGACUUCGUCAUGGAGGUUAAGGCAAAGAACUUCAAUCAAUCCAGUCAGGCUAAGGCGACAAGACUCAACACCUACCUGACCUGGUGUUGAGGCCAUCAAGUACCAACCAGUCACUAAGAUGGGAUAAGGGGCCCGAAGGCGAUGGGAGUGAACAACUUGACGAUGGUUACCAAUUAGUUCUCAAGGCGACGAUGAGGACCCCAAGAUGGUUAGGCAGCCGACAAGGUGGUAGUUACCAGGGUAGUUACACAUGAGGCCUAUAAAUAUAAGAAACAACGAUUGUAAAAGAGUUUCACAACCAAACACGUGACACCCAAUGUUAAACUUAACAUUAGUACUGAUGAUCAAACCGAACUAUUUUUUCAAAUUUAUUUGGUAUUAUGAAAGUGUAGCUCAUGUUAUCACCAUUGGAUAUGUUAGGGCCCAAAAUUGUCCAUUUAUGUAAAGUUUGAGUCAUUCUGAGAUAUUAACCCUAUAUAUUACUUUACCUACUCAUGUAUACUCGUUCAUUUGAUGUCUCGUUUCGUAGGGGUUGUUUGGAGAACAUGAUUCAGGACAUGGAUUCACUCAAUCCGUAGAUUUUGUAGAAAGUUAUGAUUUUUUGUUGUUUUUUAUAUUGUGGAUUCUAACUUUAGAGAUUUCAAAUCUCUAAAAUUUGUGGAUGUCAAAUCUCUAAUAAUCAGAGAGAUUCUAUAUCUUGAUUCGUAAGAUUUUUUUCUCCUGUUUUUUCUCUUACUUUUAUUUAUUUAUCACAUGAAAUAUAUUUAUCAACAAAGUUUUUAAUAUUUCUCAAACCACUCUAAUUUUUUUUAUUAAGGAUAAACAUGUUAUUUAAUAUAAAAUAUAAAAUUUUAUUUUAAUUGAAUGUUAACAAUCACAGUUACCAAACAAUAAACAUUUUAAAUUCUGUUUUCAACAAUCCGAAAAGUUAGAAUCUUUAGAUUGCUGACAAACUGUAGAUUUAAACUCAUAUUCUCCAAACGACCCCUUAAAUGUGUACAAUGUCAGUAUUGUCCACGUUCAAUGAAAUAACAGGACAAUAUAUUUGAUUACUAUUGUCGAAUUAUUUAAGCUUAUCAUUUUUUAAAAAUUGAGGAAAAAUAAAUAUAGCUAUAUGGGUAACUUGGCCAACGGUAUUUAUUAAUUAUUAUGCUAAUAAGUAAUGUUUGAUGCACACAGAUGGUCACUAAUCGCCGGAAGACUGCCGGGAAGAACAGCCAACGACGUGAAGAACUACUGGAACUGCCACCUCAGCAAGCGGCUCGGCCCUCAAGACGUCGACCAAACUCAAGACACCAAGCUCCAGCUCGCCGCCAACCCUUCCCCAGCCUCCCCAGGCGCUGCCGUCGAGAUAAUCAGGCCCCACCCAAGGAGCAUCUCAGCCGCCGCAGCAAGGCCGCCGAGCCCCAACUACGGCGCCUUUCAAGAAGAGCAGGGCAGCACGUCGACGGUGCCGCCGCCGCCGCCGUCAAUGCUGUUCGUGGAGGACAACGGCGGGGAGAGCAGCAGCUGGGUGAUUCACAGCAGCAGGGGGAAGGAUGGAGGGAUGGGGAUGGGGAGCUGUUGCUAUCAGGGGAUGGAAGAUCACCAUCAAGACAGCGGGAUAUUGGCCGGCGGCGGCGCUGUCGCCGGCGAGGAGAUGAUCGGGAUGGACUUCCGGUUCGAGCAAGUUCAGGUGAGCUGCGGUGACGAGAGCUGCAGCAGCAAGUGGGAUUGGGAUGACUUGAUCUGUGACAUGGAUCUUUGGGGGGAGUCCCUCUAGAUUCGUUAAUUAAUAAAUUAGUUUCAUUUGC